AAAAGAGAGAUUUAAAAAAAAAAAAAAAAAAAGCUUAGUGUGUAACGAUGUCGAAGAAGAAAGCUGGAGGUAGCACCAUGACGCUCAAGGACUUCCAUGGCGGCUCUAUACCAUCUGAUCUCCCUCUCCCUUCCGCUCCUGGAGUGGUUCCGAAGGUUACAGCUACUACGGAUAGACCACCUUUUGUUGAUAGAGCGCCUUGGGGAGGUUCUAUGGGACGGCCUGAUCAGAGGACAAGGCCGACUUCGUCUCAUAUUAUAAGAAACUUUGAUGAUAAGUCUUUGUUUCUUCCCCACACUGCGAAUAUUGGUCGUAAUUUCAGCGAGGAUGAGCGGAAGCCUCUUGAUGGUCACUCUGGUCCUCGGAGGAUGGUUAGUGAUGAUGUUUUUCGAGUUGCUAACAGCCGUUUGGAGGUGAAAGGCGACUCGGUUUUACCUGGGAGAGGUAGUGGUUGGUCUGGGGGUGGUGACGGUGGUGUGAGCUCGGUGCCGGGGAGUCAUCCUAAUGUUUGGAAUGCGAGGAAGGAGGUGAAUGUAGUGGCGGUUAAGGAUGAGGGAGGGCAGUGUUCUUGGAGUACGCAGCCACCUGUUUCUAGUUUGGUGAAUUCAAGUGCGCUUGAGCAAGUGUCUUCGGGGAGGUGGCAGACUAAGCUUUUGGUUCCUGCUCAGAUGGGUUUUGAUGUUGUUAAGCAUUCGGAGAUUGAGAGCAGAGGUUAUAAGGCUAGUAGCCAUGGGAUUAAUCAAGGGGAUGGGUUACAUGGAGCAUAUGUAGAACGUGGCGAGGUCGUUGAAGAUGGGGUACAGGGUGGGAAGAAGUUCGCUCGUGAGUAUGAGAAACUCCCUGGUUCAACUUAUUUGGACGCUAAGGAAGUGAAAGCUGUAGCGAAUAAGCCUCAUCCAAAUUAUUCGGACGUUAGGCCUGCUGGACAACCAACCGCACCUUCUGAAGUCGUGGAACGACCUAAGCUGAACCUGCUGCCUAGGACAAAACCUAUUGAAAGCGUUGAGAAACCUGUGAUUGAUGGAAAACUGGAAAAUGAUGCUUCAAAACUAAUUCAACGUGAAACUGGUUAUGCAACACAGAAAAAUAUGAACAUUUCGAAACCUGGGUUGUCUGCAGAUGAGAUCCCUAACAAGCCGGUUGAGCGCCCCAAGUUGAAUCUGAAGCCUGUGGCACAGUUGCUUGAGAAGCCAGAAGUUAAGACUGAAAAAGAAAGAAACGCAGUUUUUGGCGGUGCUAGACCACGAGAGCUGGUAUUGAAGGAGCGAGGCAUUGAUGAGACCGAGCAUCACAAAUUGGAGCAACAGUUAGAAAGGACGGUCCUCAAUCCCAUCGAAAGAGUUCCAGUUCCAGAGCAUGCGGUCCAAAGACCAGUGAGCUCUCCUCGUGACCUGAGAACGAGGAAAUUCGACCAAAAGGACCUGAGAAGUGUUAGCGACGUAGCCAGAUCCGAACCCCAGAGGAGAAACUGGCGUGACAAUGAUAUCAAGAGCACAAGACAGCAACCGCAGGCUCAGGAGAAGAAGAGAGAUCCAUCACCAGAGACAUGGCGAAAACCAGUUCCCCAGAAACCGGAGUCACCAGACGGAACAGGGCACCGUCCCGGGAAAGCAGCCUCUCCCCUUGAGCUAGCUCAAGCCUACUCUGACACUAAAUCCGGAAGUGGAAGCAACAGUUUUAACAUGAGCCGCAACAACCAAACGCAGCAACCGUUCUCUCGGUUGGUAGGAUCGACAACAACAAAACCAAAGCAUAUUAAUGGCUACUGAGACACUGUUCGUUUUGUUCUUUUAUUCGGAUUGGUUUUAGUUCCGACUAAUUGGGUCUUUUAAGUUCUCGAACACAUUACACAUCUCAUGAUGCUUUGUGGGAAUGUGAUAUGGUUUCCCUUGAGAAUGGGAUUGGAUUACUUAAACCGACAUUUGUGUUCCUUUCUUCUUUGGGUUAUACAUUUUUUUCUAACCACUA